AUGCGGCCGCGGCGGCCCCUGCUCCCGGCGCCCGGCGGGGCUUACAUGGCGCUGGAGGACCUGCUGCUUUGUCUCUGCUUCUCCGCCCUCGCCGUCCUGGCCGUGCAAGGGAGGCUGUCGGAAGGGGAUUCUCUGGAGCUGAGCUGUAGUGCUGGUCCUGCAAAGGUGAUUCUGGAGCCAAACCAAGUGGUGGUUUUGGACUGCAACCUGACCCCUGUUGAGCAAGUGAUCAAUAUCACCUGGAAGAAGAAUGGGUUUCCAUUAGUGGAGCAAGAACAUCUCCAUGUGCUUCCAAAUGGAUCACUCUUCAUCUCAUCCCAGGCUGUGGCAAAGGACAGUAAAUAUCCCGAGAGGGAUGGUGCUGAGGGCAACUACUCCUGCGUGUCUCACACCUCCCUAGGGACUGUCACCAGUCAAAUAGCUGCAGUCAGAUUUUCAACACUGUCACGCUUUUUCCAGCAGCCGGAGUCGCAGACAGUGGAGGAAAAUGGCAUGGCCCGGUUUGAGUGCCGGAUCGAGGGGCUGCCCUCCCCUGUCAUCACCUGGGAGAAGGACCAUGAAGCUGUGCCAGCAGAACCCAGGUUUAUAACUCUUCCCAAUGGUGUCCUCCAAAUCGUGGAUGUGCAGGAGAGCGAUGCUGGGAUUUACCACUGCGUGGCAACCAACGCCGCCCGAAAGCGCUACAGCAACGACGCCACCCUCAGCGUGGUGAAAGGUUCCCAGGCAGCAGGAGGAGAUGUCACCAUCGUCGCUGCUCCGGAGAACACCACGGUGGUGGCUGGGGAGAGCGUGGUGAUGGAGUGCAUGGCAGCUGCUGAUCCCACCCCCUUUGUCUCCUGGAUACGACAAGAUGGAAAGUCCAUUUCCACAGAUGUGAUUGUGCUGGGCCGGACAAAUCUCCUCAUUCCUUCCAGCCAGCCCCAUCACUCCGGGGUGUACGUCUGCCGGGCCAACAAACCCCAAACGCGGCAGUUCGUUACCGCCGCAGCUGAGCUCCGCAUCCUCGCUACUCCCAGCAUCUCCCAGGCUCCUGAAACCAUCUCCCGCACGCGAGCCAGCACGGCCAGGUUUGUGUGCAAGGCAGAGGGAGAGCCAGCCCCCACCAUCCACUGGCUGAAGAACGGGGAGCCCAUCCUCUCCAACGGGCGCGUGAAGGUGCAGAGCAGCGGCAGCCUCGUCAUCAACCAGAUCGGCCUGGAGGAUGCUGGCUACUACCAGUGUGUGGCUGAGAACAGCCUGGGCAUGGCCUGUGCCACUGCCAAGCUCUCGGUGAUCGUGCGGGAGGGUUUGCCCAGCGCUCCCAAGAAGGUCUCGGCCGUGUCCCUGUCCAGCACCACCGUCCUCGUGUCCUGGGAGCGGCCGGAGCACAACAGCGAGCAGAUCAUCGGCUUCUCCUUGCACUACCAGCGGGCUGUGGGAACAGAUAAUGUGGAAUACCAGUUUGCUGUCAAUAACGACACAACUGAGCUGCAAGUCAAGGAUCUGGAACCAAACACCAACUAUGUCUUCUAUGUGGUUGCCUAUUCCCAGCUCGGAGCCAGCCGGACGUCCUCUUCCAUCGUUGUCCAGACCCUGGAGGAUGUUCCCAGUGCAGCCCCUCAGCUGUCCCUGUCGAGCAUGACUCCUGGUGACAUCCGUGUGACGUGGCUGCCUCCUCCUCCUGAGCUGAGUAAUGGCAAGAUAACCAAGUACAAGAUCGACUACUGCACCCUCAAGGAAGAUCAGGUCACCUCCAUCGAAGUGGGUGGAAAUGAGACCCAGAUCACCCUGUACUCACUCCAUCCCAACAAAGUGUACAAAGUUCGGAUCGCAGCCAGCACCAGUGUGGGAUAUGGGGCCCCUUCCGAGUGGACCCAGCAUCGGACUCCUGACAGAGACAACCAGACACAUGUUCCAUUUGCCCCAACAGAAUUAAAGGUCCGAGCGAAGAUGGAGUCUCUCCUGAUAACGUGGCAACCCCCAGCAAACCAUGCCCAGAUAUCUGGCUACAAGCUCUACUACAGAGAGGUGGGCCAAGAGGAGUCCAGUGAUGAGAGCCCUUUGGAUGGUGCUGAAGAUGAGAGCUGGGAUGUAGGACCCAUAAAACUAAAGAAGAAAGUGAAGCAGUACGAGCUGACUCGACUAGCUCCUGGGAAGCUGUAUGAGGUGAAGCUGGUGGCAUUCAAUAAGCACGAAGAUGGGUAUGCAGCGGUCUGGAAAGGCAAAACAGAAAAGGCACCCGUGACAGCAGUAGAUCCCCCAGUGCAGAAGGGGCCUCCAUUGCCUCCAGUCCAAGUCUAUGCAGAGUCCAACAGCUCAACUUCCAUCUGGCUCCGCUGGAAGAAACCUGACUUCACAACAGUCAAAAUUGUCAACUACACCGUGCGCUUCAGCCCCUGGGGCCUGAAAAAUGCCUCUCUUGUGACCUACUACACCAGCUCAGAUGAAGACAUUCUCAUUAGUGGGCUGAAGCCCUACACCAGGUACGAGUUUGCCGUGCAGUCCAAUGGCGUUGGCAUCGAUGGCCCCUUCGGCAGCGUGGUGGAGCGCUUCACCCUGCCCGACCGGCCCUCCACUCCCCCGUCUGACCUGCGGCUGCACCCUCUCAACCCCUACGCUGUCCAGGUGCACUGGUGCCCACCUGUGGAGCCCAAUGGCAUCAUUGUGGAGUAUCUCAUCCUGUACAAUGCCAACAACACGCAGCCAGAUGACAUGUGGACCUUGCUGACACGAGAAGGAAACAUCUUCAGCACUGAAGUGCAUGGCCUGGAAAGUGAUACCAGAUACUUCUUCAAGAUGGGAGCAAAGACAGUGGUGGGAUCUGGUCCCUAUUCCAACGUGAAGGAUGUGCACACCCUCCGGGAGAAGCUGUCUGAUGUCCUGGAUAUCCACUCUGUGACAGGGAUCAUCGUGGGGGUGUGCCUGGGGCUGCUCUGCAUUCUCUUCUGCAUGUGUGCCAGCUUCCGCAACAGCAAGCACAGGGAGGCCCUGCCAGGCCUGGAUUCCCAGGCUGCUGGGAACCACACGUACUACCACCGGAGCAGGCAAGGGUUGGCCUCUCCCAGUGCCACCUUGGACUCACAUGAGCUCGAGUCCCUCAUGUCCCCACUCCCUGAGGAUGCAUCUGUGCCCCUGGGGGACAUCACUGAGCUGGCAGAAGUGCACAGCCUCAUCCACACGAGCCUCCCUGAGGACAUCUUCCAUGGGAAGAGGAAGUCUUCAUGGAAUAAAUCAACCAACCAGGCCUGGACAAACAGCAUCACCAGAUAUGGGGACACCAUCACCAAAGAGCCUCUCUCUGCUAUCAAUGGGUCACUGAAGCUCCCCUCCAGCACGGGGCAGAAGCUUCUCUUACAAGCCCUGGUUUAUGAUGCUGUGAUGAAUGAAGCAAAGAAAAGCCACCUGCCUGCUAGCCUCCACCAAGUAGAAGCAGAGGUCAUUGUCCAUUCUGAUUUUUCAGCCUCUGACAGAGACUACAGCUCCCAGCUGCACACCCUGGAGAGUGAAGAGACAGAAAUGGAGGACCGGGAGCCGGAGGAGCUGCCCCCAGCAGAGCUGGCUAAUCCCAGCUCCCAGCAGGACACUGGCCAAGUGCUGGUGGGCUGCAUGGACAAUCUGGAGGCUCAGGCCCAGGCUGAGCUGCUCUGUACCGACACAAACACUGACAAACCUGAGGCUGUGUGCAUCCAUGGGCUCACCAAUGGCUUCCACAGGCAUGGAGAAAGUCUGGGUUCGGAGGAGAGUGGAGAUUCAGAUUCCACCCAGGAAAGCAGAGGUGACGUGCAGCCAGUCAAGUGCCAGUUGCUUUCCCCGGCGCCUGAGGAGGCCCUGCUCUGUAGUAACUCUGGUUUAACCAGUCCCUCCUCAGCAUCUGAGAACAUGGCACACGUCCACAGUCACAAAGAAUGAGCUGGGCUGAUUUUGAUCACAGCAGAGCUGAAGAGAGGAGAGCCUGUCGCUAUGAGGUGCUGCCCGCCUUCGGCUGGCUGAGCCCAGCAGGAGCUGGGCAGGUGCAGCAUCUCACCAGAGCAGGGCUUGGACCUGUUAGCCCUACAGAGGCCUUUGGGAAGCCAGGUGGGUCGGUGAGGGCCCAUCUUCCUCCUGCUGGAGCCAAUGAGGAACUGGGUGUUGGUGGGAGCAGGACUGAGCCAUCUGCCAAAGUGUGAGUGGAACCACGAUGGAACAGAGCCUUCUGCACCAGGCUGGGGCUGGCACUUCACCAUAGCCCUCGAGGGGACUGGCAGGACGUGACUACUGACUGCCUGGCAGCGUGGGAUGAGUUCUGGCACAGGAGUCCCAGGAGCGGGUGGAAGCCCCAGAAACAAAGGCAGUGAGCUGUAAGCACCAGCCUUUUCUGCCCUCCCGUGGUUAGAAGGAUUACCAGGCUCUCUGUGUGUGCUACCACAGUAACUACUACUAGCAGGCUGAUGUAGUGGCCUUUUAUUACACACUCUACGAGUGCCUCUAACAACUUGUACUAUAUAGAACCUUCUGCAGCGUCUGGGUCUUUUCACCAGCCUGGGCUUUGUUUUAUGUAGGUUCUUGUACCUAAUAUUUUAGGUACACAUCUGUCCUUUUAAUGUACAACAUGUAUUUUUAUUUCCUUGGAACAUCUUUAUAUUAUUUAAUUUUAUAAAGUGGAAUAGUGUGUGGUAUAGAGUAGCAUUUUUACUACUUCUCUCUUUCUUUAUUUUUUCCUCCCUAACAACACAACUACCUCAUGUCUGUUGGAGAAAAAAAAAAGCAGUAGAUCUACUCAUUUGUUAUAGUCCAUUAUAGGUUUUAACUUAUUCUUAUACUGCCUUUUUCUAAAGAAUAUGUUUGCACUGGUUGUUGACUCUUCUUUAACACGUAGUGCUGCAGAUCUGAUGUCUCUUGCUUUGUUUCUUGACACCUUCCCUACAGCCAGAGAGUUGGGUUGUGUCUCUCUGUAGGACUGUGUUUUGCAGCAGCUGCCAAAGGAGACUGCUUUAGCUGGCAGGAUGUCGAUCCAUCUUUCCUCAACAAGCUUAUACUAACAAAUAGAAAGAACCAGCAAUGGCAAAAGUAACUUGUGAUACUGGGGCCAUGUAUUUAUUUUCUCUUUUUUUGGGUGCCCGUGUGGAGACAUCUCAGAUGGUUUUGAUUUACAGAGAGCAGCACUCAGCCUUCUGUAAGUAGUGGACUUGCUGAAAGCUUUGGAUGACCAAGUGAAAUUUUCCAGUCACUUCUGAUAGUCCUGGCCAAAGUGCAUUUGGGUGGUUUUUUGAAGAGCAGAGCACCACCAGAGCUUUAAAAUGAAAUCUUUGGUCUCAUACCAGUCAGUCUGGCUUGAAAAUCAUCCUGUGACUCUUCUGCUGAUGCUGUUUGCUUACUGCUGACAUGUGUCUCAGCCUGGCCCUGCUAGGGGUGGACUUUUCUCUACUAUUUUAAGCUGGUCUCUGUCCUGCUCCAGGCUUGAAGGGUUUGACUGCGAAUGCUACAAGAUUGGACCAGCUGCUCGGAGUUAACAAGGAUCGGUAAUUCUGUUCACGAGUAUUUGGUGAAUGUUCUGCCUUCCUGGAGGAUUCAGAUAUCUCACCAUUUGUUUAAAGAGUGAAGGAAAAGAUGCCUACCUUCCUCUUUUCUUACUAAAAUUUUCUCCAGGGUAUAUGGGGAAACUGUGUGCCAACUUGAGAUUCCUGUCAAAGACAUUGGAUUUUGUUUUUCCUGGUGAUGACUGGAUGGAGGUACCACUGCUUGCAGCAUGGAGAACCUCACUUCACCAGCACCCUGCAACCCUUUUACCUCCAGCUUUUCAGCAAACGAGAACCUCCAAGCCUCCCUGUACUGUGAUGGGAAGGAUAUCGGAGCUUCCACUUCUCCCCAGAUGGCAGCAUCUCCUCCCAGUAUGACACACUCUUCUGGUAACCAGCUGUAUUUCCAGUCAUUGUGAUUGCUCUGUUUCUCCAGCUUGGUGUCUUGAGGAGUCUCAUAAAUGCUGUUCCAUGCUGUGACUAGCCAUGACUCUGGAAUGCUGUGGGACAGAGACUGGAGAUUAGUGCCAAUGAGCAGGUGAAGGAAGGAGUUUGUGUGUGUGCAACUGGAGUGAGGAAAAGGCAAGGAAACAUAACUGGGCAGAGGAAGUGUGUAAAUAACCUCCAGAAGCCACUGCCACAAGCCUUUGAAACUCAUGACUUAGCAGGGUUACAGAUAAGCAGUGAAGUGUUAUUGCAGGCAAUCAGGGCAAUUGACAGUUCCCUGGGAGCGGAUGCAGCCGCAGAGGUACAAACCCCCAGCUGGGCAGAGCGGGGCACAUUGUGCAGGUGCCCUCAGGUCCCAGUUCCAUGAAGAGCCCUUGCCCUUCCUCAGUGACAGAACAGGCCCUGCACAAGCCCCGCUGCCAUUGCCACUUUCCAUCCAGAGGCAUGGAAGGGGAUGGAGCUGAUGUAGGAGUGUGCCACAGUUUUGGAGGCACUGCCUUGUACAUGCACCCCCUGCUUUGCCUGUAGAGCCUUCAGCAGCCCUGAGCUGCCUGGGAGCUGUCCCUGCCUGUCACUGCAGCCCACACAGCAGGGGCACCAUUGCCCUGGAUCACUUUGGGCCAACCACCAAACCACCACAGCAAUUACAGAGAGCUUCGGGGAGAUGCAGCAGACCACAAACAAUUUUGUUUAUGUGUCCCCAAAGCACUUUUGUCACCUUAUUCUGAGGCUUGUUCUGAUCUCAUUACACUUCACCAAACUGUACCAGGGUGUGAAGCUGGCAGUGUUUGGCUGUCCAAGAACUGUGGUGGCCACAGGCUGGUAGGCCAGACCUGAGUUGCAGAAAUCCAGAUAGUUUCCUUGGAGCCAAGAGGUCACCACUGACCAGCAGCACCAAAGCUGUCCCUGGAUGAACACACAUCCACACAGAGUGCUGGGUGUCCUUGUCCAGCUCAGCUGUGCCCCAGGUCUCCCCUGCCCUGAACGUGCAGGGACCUUUCAGUCUCAGCUGGAAGUGAAUCGAAGAAGACACAUAAUACACAUUUGAUGUGUAAAGCUGAAACAACCAGUGCAUAUAUUUUUUUAUCAUGAAAUAAGUAGCUUUCGUGCAGAUUUCUCACAGGCACACAAACUGUUGAUACCUUUAAUUACCCAUCGUGCUUAAUAUCUCUUCUUGUACCCCAGGCUCCUUUCUCCAUUUUCUUCCUUUCAGUAACACUAAAGAUUAUUGCUGUUCAAAUUUUUUGCUGGUGUAUAUUGUUUUACAUUGUUAAAAUGUCAGGUUUGUCUCACUGGCAUAAUUUUCUAGUAUUAAUGUUACUGUUUGGCAACACAACUGUAUAUUCCCCCUGCUGCUGUGAGAGUCACAAUUCUCAUCCUUUUAUUUCUUUUCAUUUCUUGUUAUGUGAAACAUGCAACUCAGAUAAAAACAUCUAUCAGCUUUUUGUUGACUUGAUUUCUUACUUAACAGGCAGCAAAGUUCUGGUUUAAAUAGUUCUAAUGAGAUAACUUCUAAUUUAGAGUUUGAGAAUUCUUUUUCAUUACUAGAUAACAAUCAGCCCAUGAAAUAUUGCUGUGUAAGAAAACAACCAUUUUACUAGAACACUGUUUAUGGUUUUGAUCUCAUUAGUAAUAGGUGUUUUGAAGGAAUCAUUGUGUCUUUUCUAAUCAAUACUUUUGUUAGGAAGGAAGUGUUUAACCAGCAGAAAUCUACCAUCUACUUCUGUUACUGUAUUCCCUUGCUUGUAUUUUCAAGUUAAAUUUCAUUUUCUGCACCGUGCAUAAAGAUGUGUAACCAGAACUUGAUCUUGUUUGAAGGUUGUGUCUGUGUUUGGUUCCAUACUGUACUUUAUUAUAACUUUCUUUCUUCAGAGACUGUUCUUACUCCACAAAUACUCUUUAGUGUUAAAGUGUAAGACAUUGUCCUUAUAUUCCUUAACU